GGAGGCGGGCUGGGGGAGUGGGGCGGGCGACGGGGAGGGAGCAGGAGCCAGGCAAGAAAGUAGCAGAAAGUGAGGCUGGCAGGCGGCGGCAGAGGCAGGAAGUCUGUGCCGGAGAGCAGUAGAAAUUAGAGCCAGGGAGGGACCGCGGCGGCAGCAGCCAAGGCGAAAGAGGAAACUGCCGAAGAGGAAGCUCUGCGGCAGCCCGAGCCUCCCUGCGCUCCGCAUCCUCCUGCUCCGCAUCCCCGCGCCCGGCAUCCCCGGGCGCCCGCGCCGCGCCUCCGGCGCCCCUUCCCCAGCGCAACCCCCGGCCGCCCUACAGUACUAGUCUGCCAUGGCCCGGGAGAAUGGCGAGAGCAGCUCCUCCUGGAAAAAGCAAGCGGAAGACAUCAAGAAGAUCUUCGAGUUCAAGGAGACCCUCGGAACCGGGGCCUUUUCUGAAGUUGUUUUAGCUGAAGAGAAAGCGACGGGGAAGCUCUUUGCGGUGAAGUGCAUCCCGAAGAAGGCGCUGAAGGGCAAGGAGAGCAGCAUCGAGAACGAGAUUGCUGUGCUCAGAAAGAUUAAACAUGAAAACAUCGUUGCCUUGGAAGAUAUUUAUGAAAGCCCGAAUCACCUCUACCUGGUCAUGCAACUUGUGUCUGGUGGAGAACUCUUUGAUCGGAUAGUGGAGAAGGGGUUUUACACAGAGAAAGAUGCCAGCACUCUCAUCCGCCAGGUCCUGGACGCUGUGUACUAUCUCCACAGAAUGGGCAUCGUCCACAGGGACCUCAAGCCGGAAAAUCUCUUGUACUACAGUCAAGACGAGGAGUCCAAAAUAAUGAUCAGUGAUUUUGGAUUGUCAAAAAUGGAGGGCAAAGGAGACGUGAUGUCCACAGCCUGUGGGACCCCAGGCUAUGUUGCUCCGGAAGUUCUCGCCCAGAAACCAUACAGCAAAGCUGUCGACUGCUGGUCCAUCGGAGUGAUCGCCUAUAUCUUGCUCUGUGGUUACCCUCCUUUUUAUGAUGAAAAUGACUCGAAGCUGUUUGAACAGAUCCUCAAGGCAGAAUAUGAGUUUGAUUCCCCCUACUGGGAUGAUAUCUCCGACUCUGCAAAAGACUUCAUUCGGAAUCUGAUGGAGAAAGACCCAAAUAAAAGAUACACCUGUGAGCAGGCAGCGCGACACCCGUGGAUUGCUGGUGACACAGCCCUCAGCAAAAACAUUCACGAAUCCGUCAGUGCCCAGAUCCGGAAGAAUUUUGCAAAGAGCAAAUGGAGACAAGCCUUUAAUGCCACGGCCGUCGUGAGACACAUGCGGAGGCUACAGCUCGGCAGCAGCCUGGACAGUUCAAAUGCAAGUGUCUCAAGCAACCUCAGUUUGGCCAGCCAAAAAGAUUGUCUGGCACCUUCCACGCUCUGUAGUUUCCUUUCUUCUUCGUCGGGGGUCCCAGGAGUCGGAGCUGAGAGGAGACCCAGGCCCACCACUGUGACAACAGGGCACACUGGAAGCAAGUGACCCGGCUCUGGAGGUGGAACCCAGGGGGCGGGGCCGGAGAAGGAGAAGCCCCUGGCCGGAGCAGCUCCAGCAUCAGAAACCCCACCCACCCUGCAUGGUGCGCCUGCAUAGGACUGGAAGACAGAAGUUUUUUUAUGGCCAUAUUUUAUACUGCAACUCUGAUGUGUUCAUUUCUCACAAACUGUACUGACUGACUCAAGGGGAGCUGACGUCACAGGAUCUGGUGCUGUAUAUACGAAUCUUGCAAAGCUCUAACUGAAUGGACCUUCUUGCUCCCCCCCCCCAACUCCACCACUCCGUUCUCUCAGUGUAGGCAGCCGUCUAGGGUGUAUUUUUUUCAUGAUAAAAAAAAUUAAGGUUUCAACUGGAUUAUUUAAAUACCGGUAAAUGUUGUGCACUAGAUUUUUUUUUCUUUUGAGAUGUGUCUUUUUGACCUCUGUUAGUCUCAUGACCUCAAUCAUUUGCUCUCUAAUAGUGGUUUUACGUUAACCUUUAAGAGAUUUUUUUCCCCCUCCCAGAAGGGUUAAAAGGUAUUUUUUACAAAUUCUAAGAGGAUCAAGAAUCAGUGUCCACUGCUAAGAGUGCACGUUACUUGUGUACCUCUGCUUCUAGUCCCUUCCUCCAGAAGUCACCCUGACCGCUGAGCUGGGCUGGCUUCUCACUGGGUGGCUUUUGGCAGGGAACCGGCAGAAAACCUUACAGGCAGCUUCCCCUGAGAACUGCUUACCAACCACAGAAGAUAUAAGCUUGUUCCCUCCACCCUGAACUCCAGGCUCCACAUUACAGGUGAACUGCGCUCCAGGAACAGGAUCCCCACAGUGCCAAGAUUUAGGAGCCUCCCUUGCAGAAGGGACGGACUGCCAUCUUGUUUUUUAAAUGACCCACACACAGCCCUCAGUUCUCCUGGGGGAUGACGGAUGAAACUCUGUUCUCAGCUAUGCACUUUUAAAACGAAUCUCUUCAUCUGUUUUAAUUUUUUUUAAAUUCACUUCUAAUAGUACCCUUCAAAUGGCCUAUACCACACACUUCCCCCCCCCAAAUUUUCACCCUGUUGUCUCAUGAGCAUUACCCAAGAGAAGGGAUAGAAAUGGCCUUGAAGAAGAAACCUUUUAUUUUAGGUAGAAAGGAAAAACAACACCAAGUGAGCAGAAUAUUUAUUGCCCAUCCCAGAGAUGGCUGGCUCAGCAAGAUCCAGCUGGUGCACAAGCCUUCCCUUCCAUCAGAGGAAUCUAAUAACAGUACCUGUGGUAGUCAGGCUAUUGUGUGUCUGGGUUUAACAGGGACUGAAGGAUUUUCCAGGAUGUGGAACUUGAAGGCUAAAAUCAGGCAUGUCCUGUGGAAACCAGUUUCAAGGAGGCUAGGAGGCUCUGGGAGACCAAAGCAGGUGGUUCAAAAGCCAGUUUUGCCAAUGUUUUCCUUCAGCUGUCGUGUCUAUCUAAAGCCUGAGCCUCAUCCACAGUCAGCUGUAGCCUGCCAAGAUGGACUGUGAUAGGCCUUCCUAGUGGCUCCGGGGCUGUCCUCUCAGGCUGUUGUCAUUGUGUCCUUCUUAUGUACUACUUGCCAGCCAUAGAAAUUCCUGCUGGAUAAGUAAGUCAUUCUUGUCACCCUACACCUUGCUCCCAGCCCUCUCCACACACACACACACACACAGAUACACAUGUAUGUGCAUAUACAGUGUCACCAGGCAGGCAGCUCCAGCUCCCCAAAGGACACUGUGCAAGAUAUAUAAGAGUGGUUUCAAACUCAGACAUCUGGUCUACCCUGUUCUCACAUGUAUCAAAUAAAUACAGAACAGGUGAAGAGUGAGCCCUAGUACCCUUGCAAUCAACCAUGCUUGGUUCAACCUUGAUCUAUCAGGUCUCCAUGAACUAGUAGUGUAAGGUGGUGAUGGCUAGUGCCAGCCCAGUAGUAGGCAAGGUUGAACAUGCCAUCAGGAAGCCCAUGCAUGACAUCAUUUCCUACUGUUUUAAAAAAGGUGAAAAUAAGUGCCACUGGGAAGAGUCUUCUAUUCUGAGAAGGUCAUUGUGGUAGAAAGAUAAAGUUUCACUUCCACUUGGUAGUAUUAUAUAAUGAUAUAUAAAAACACAGAAUGGACCUAGUCUUAAGACCUGGAAAGGGGUAUGUCAAAGUCUGAGCUCCCUCACUCUUCUCAGAUUCCAGUGAUGUAAGCUGAGAAUUACAGUACCAGUAUAAUGAGUGAACGUACCAGUAUGCUUGGCAGCAUCCUAUGGCCACACAGGCCCCCUCUCUGACUAUGUUUCUAAUUCCAGGCUCUCCCCACACCUCCACUAUAUUGCCUUUCACAUUUGCUAGGCAAGUGGACAUGUAUAGCCUCACUUGAUUAUGAAAUAUUGAAAUACUUCCAGAAUAGUCUUUCCCUCUGCUUCCCCCGUUCUUCCCCCUUUUCUGCCCUUUACUUAUACAUGAGGCAGAAAGAGCAGCCAAAACCAGCAGUGAAUGGAAGCUAUCACUCAGCCCCAACGGAGCCAUAGCUUCUCGUUCUAAAGCAAGGGUUCUCUAGAGUUUGGAGCUUCAUGUCAGGGUCAGGAAGAGAUAGCGGCAGUUAGAGGCUGGAGGGGCAGGGAUUGCCACAGACUCCUUGAGGACAUGGAGACUACAGAGACUGAGACAGCAAUCCCUGUGUUGUAGGUACCCUUUGUAACACGCCCCAGCAAGUUUUUACCCCUUCCUACUGCCUCUAACCCCCACAGGGACUCUGACUCUAAAAGAUCAGCAGGCAUUCACAUCUCUGUGGGACAGAAAAGGACUAUGAAGAAGUUAUUUAAACAAACCAAAAAGUAUAGAUUCCUGCCCUUCACUUUGUUUCUGGGCCACUUCUCGAACCUUGAGUCUCCAGCCAUACCAUUUUGAUUGUGCCCAAUGUUGUCGAAGAUUCCUCCUUAAGAAAACAGCUGCCUCCACUUGCAUGCCAACUCAUAGUCUAGAGAUACUUUGUCUCUUCAGGUGUCUCUGGGCAUAAUAUCUGGAAACACAGGAGUUGGCUCAGUGAAUCCCAGAUUCUGUUCACUUAUUUAUGCUUUUUGUUUCUAUACUUCAGUACUGGAUAGCUUGUGGAUGGCAGAGAGAAUUGGCCUUUACACCACAGGCCAUGUACAACAUGGAUACAGGAGAAGAAAUUAGUUGGCCCUCUCUUGAGAGUUCUGACCCCUCCUAUAGGAUGCAAAACUCAAUAUGGUCAGAGCUCCUGGGUUUGGUGGGUUUUGGGCAUGUUUAAACAGCAAGAGAAGCCCACCCAGUGGAAAUGACUGGGAUUUUAGAGCCCUAGGUAUCAUAACCCUUUGCCUACUCAGAACUGUGGCCAAAGCUGACUUUUUUACUCUGAGGAAACCAAGCAGGUGCCACUACUCCAGGCUGCAGGCUGGGGGCAGAGCCUCUCUGCCUUUCGUCAUUUGUGAAAGUGCUGUGCUAGGUUUUUCUGAGCCAUGAGGAAUAAAGGUGAGGACAGAUGAAGGAAAGCCCCUUCCAUCGCUCAUAACCAGAAAUCAUGUUUUCCAGGAUGUUACAACCACUUCCAGCAAGUGAGAUGCAGGCCUCCCUUGCAUGUCCUCUGACACCAGAGCUAGGCCCCCAUCCCCUCUCACACUCCAGCAAUUUGCCUUUUCCUUAACCACAUUCCAGACCAAACACUGUUCAGUUUGUUUCCAAAAUUAAAAACCAGUGUAUAUAUCUGUAUGUAGUCCACUGCUCUUUAGGGGGUUUUCUGGUCCUAAGGUGGGGCUGCAGGCAGAAAAGAUAUUCCAUUCCAUGGUUUUCAGAAUUGAAAGUUUUGAGGCGAUUUACUUGGUUAGUUUUUUUGUUUUUUUGUUUGUUUGUUUGUUUGGUUUGUUUUUCAAACCAAGCUGGGGAAGUAGAUUUUAAAAGGCAAACUUACUUCCUGUGACUCCACAAAAAUUUGUGUGCAGGCAAGUUAGUUUGAAAUCUUCAACUCUGGGAGGCAGGCAGGUCUAAAAGAGGAAGAAGAGGAGGAAAGGCCACACCCCCGUCUACCAGGUCUCUGCUUGGUGAUCUCAGUGCAUGAACGUCUGUCUGCAGCUCUGGUGUGUACACAGGAGCCUAGCCCCACUAUGAAGAUGGCCCUGCAUGCUGGCCACAGCCUGGCCUGCCUUCUCCCAGCAAAAUCUUCAUCAGGGAGGACUUAACCCUGCGUAGACUUCCCUGAACACUCCAGCGGGAGCAGCUCAGCUUGUGGCUUUAUGGGUUCUACUUUUGCAAACACAAAGGCUGCGCCUUUGGAAGCCAAAUAUUCAGUUCAGCAUGUGGCUGCCGAGUCUGGUUUUGUGGACAAAACAAACUGUGCAAUGGCUUCUCUCUGUCUGUAUUUUUCUAAGCCAAAGGGACACACUAUUGCAUUGACACCCUGUCCCGUCCCCUGUACUAAAGCUGCUUCUGCAUUCUCCGUGCCCCAUUCUUAACCUUUUUUGUCUCUGGGGAAUUUGUCAUAAUUACUAUGUCCUCUGAUGAUUUACCAAACUAUGUUGCUUAUAGGUGAUUUUAUUUUCCUUAUGGAGGGGAAAAACAGAAAAUGAGAGACAUCUUUGAGGCUUUGGUCAAAGACAUCACUCAAAAGUUCCGAACACUAGUUAACUCGCUUCUCAAUAGGAAAAAAGUCUUAGUUUGGAUAGACGAGGAUUCUGAGGCCCUCCUGGAUAAUUCUGCACUUUGGAAGACAAUGCCCUGGGGCAGAGCUGGCAGUCAGGCUACAAAAGAGGAGGAAAAAAAUGGUCUAAAACAUCAUCUCAGAUGUUUGUCCCACACUACAGAAGCUGCGGCUCUCCGUGACAGGCACUUGGUCAUUUCAGGGCAACGUAAGACUCUGUCCAGUAUUACAGCAGCGUCUUCAGCGUUUGAAUGACAGGGCUGCAUGUUUCAGAAAACAUUUUUCUUAGCCCACAUUCGGUGAGAAGACACCAAAGGUAUCUGCCCAGAACAUCCAUUGGAAUAAUGUCUAAAUUGGCUUCUGUGGUUAUUUAUACAUGAUAUAAUUGGCCUCCAAUCAGCUCUCUCCCAAUGAUGGGCAUGUUUUCCCAACACUUUCCAUCAAGUCCAGGACUGGCCCACUCAUUAUUACCAGGCUUUUGAUUGGUUUGGGUUUUUUGUUUUUUUUUUUCCAUUAAAAACAUGCUUAUCCAAAAAUAAAAAAUAAAGUAAAAAAGUAAAAAGUAAAAGAAGGGAAACUGUGCAUUUAUCCCAUGCAUGUAGUAAACUCUGCAAGAAGUUUAACUCCCAUAGGUUUGCAGCACUGCAAAAUUGUUCAUGGGUCUAUGUAGCAAAUGAUUCUCUGCCUUGACAAUCAUGUAUACAUAUCGAUUUCUAUCAUAAUGAUAAUGAGAUUGAUGACUUCUUGUUUUCCUCCAAUAAAGAGAAUUAAUCACC